GAGGACACAGAGGACGCAGAAGAGGGCAGUGGGUGGGGAGCAGGAGCCAGGCUGCCGGGAACAUGGAGCCGUCCUCCCCGCAGGACGAGGGCCUGAGGAAGAAGCAGCCCAAGAAGCCUGUGCCUGAGAGUUUGCCGAGGCCGCCGCGAGCCUUGCUGUGUUUGACCCUCCAGAACCCGCUGAGGAAAGCCUGCAUCAGCAUUGUGGAAUGGAAGUAUCCUCUGGGCCCAGGGCGGCGGGGACAAAGGAGAGUGACCAAUGAUAACUGCACGAACCGCUUGCCCCCGCAGGAGAAGCUGGAGUACUUCUUCCUCAUCGUCUUCUCCGUUGAAGCCGCCAUGAAGAUCAUCGCCUACGGCUUCCUCUUCCACCAGGACGCCUACCUGCGCAGCGGCUGGAACGUGCUGGACUUCAUCAUCGUCUUCCUGGGGGUCUUCACAGUGAUUCUGGAGCAGGUUAACGUCAUCCAAAGCAACACCGCUCCGAUGAGCCACAAAGGAGCUGGCCUGGACGUGAAGGCACUGAGAGCCUUCCGCGUGCUCAGACCCCUCCGGCUGGUGUCGGGGGUGCCCAGCCUGCAGGUGGUCCUCAACUCCAUCUUCAAGGCCAUGCUCCCGCUGUUCCACAUCGGCCUGCUGGUCCUCUUCAUGGUCACCAUCUACGCCAUCAUCGGGCUGGAGCUCUUCAAGGGCAAGAUGCACAAGACCUGCUACUUCGUUGGAACUGACAUCGUGGCCACCGUGGACAACGAGAAGCCGUCCCCCUGCGCCAGGACGGGCUCGGGCCGCCCGUGCACCAUCAACGGCAGCGAGUGCCGGGGCGGCUGGCCGGGGCCCAACCACGGCGUCACCCACUUUGACAACUUCGGCUUCUCCAUGCUGACCGUGUACCAGUGCAUCACUAUGGAAGGCUGGACCGACGUGCUCUACUGGGUCAACGAUGCCAUUGGGAACGAGUGGCCCUGGAUCUAUUUUGUCACCCUCAUUCUGCUGGGAUCCUUCUUCAUCCUCAACCUGGUGCUGGGUGUCCUGAGCGGGGAGUUCACCAAGGAGCGGGAGAAGGCCAAGUCCAGGGGGACCUUCCAGAAGCUCCGCGAGAAGCAGCAGCUGGACGAGGACCUCCGGGGCUACAUGAGCUGGGUCACCCAGGGAGAGGUCAUGGAUGCUGAGGACCUGAGAGAAGGAAAGCUGGCCUUGGAUGAAGGUGGCUCCGACACAGAGAGCCUGUAUGAGAUUGAGGGAUUGAACAAAAUCAUCCAGUUCAUCCGACACUGGAGGCAGUGGAACCGUAUCUUUCGCUGGAAGUGCCACGACGUGGUGAAGACCAGAGCCUUCUACUGGCUGGUGAUCCUGAUUGUGGCCCUCAACACCCUGUCCAUCGCCUCUGAGCACCACAACCAGCCGCUCUGGCUGACCCAUCUGCAAGAUGUUGCCAACCAGGUGCUGCUGUGCCUCUUCACCAUCGAGAUGCUGAUGAAGAUGUACGGGCUGGGCCUGCGGCAAUACUUCAUGUCCAUCUUCAACCGCUUCGACUGCUUCGUGGUGUGCAGCGGCCUCCUGGAGAUCCUGCUUGUGGCCUCGGGCGCCAUGAGCCCCCUGGGCAUCUCCGUGCUGCGCUGCAUUCGCCUCCUCAGGCUCUUCAAGGUCACCAAGUACUGGACGUCGCUGAGCAACCUGGUGGCGUCCCUGCUCAACUCCAUCCGCUCCAUCGCCUCGCUGCUGCUGCUGCUGUUCCUCUUCAUCAUCAUCUUCGCCCUGCUGGGCAUGCAGCUCUUCGGGGGCAGGUACGACUUCGAGGACACCGAGGUGCCUCGCAGCAACUUCGACAACUUCCCGCAGGCUCUCAUCAGCGUCUUCCAGGUCCUGACAGGUGAAGACUGGAACUCCGUGAUGUACAACGGCAUCAUGGCCUACGGGGGGCCCUCCUACCCCGGGAUGCUUGUGUGCAUCUACUUCAUCAUCCUGUUCGUCUGCGGCAACUACAUCCUGCUCAACGUCUUCCUGGCCAUUGCCGUGGACAACCUGGCCGAGGCGGAGAGCCUGACCUCUGCCCAGAAGGCCAAGGCUGAGGAGAGGAAACGCCGGAAGAUGUCCAGGGGUCUCCCAGAGAAGUCUGAGGAGGAGAAGUCAAUGGCGACCAAGAAGCUGGAGCAGAAGCCCAAGGGGGAGGGUAUCCCCACCACCGCCAAGCUGAAAGUCGAUGAGUUUGAGUCUAACGUCAAUGAGGUGAAGGACCCCUACCCCUCGGCUGACUUUCCAGGAGACGAUGAAGAAGAUGAGCCCGAGAUCCCAGUGAGCCCCCGACCGCGGCCCCUGGCUGAGCUGCAGCUGAAAGAGAAGGCCGUGCCCAUCCCAGAAGCCAGUUCCUUCUUCAUCUUCAGCCCCACCAACAAGAUCCGCGUCAUGUGUCAUCGCAUCGUAAACGCCACCUGGUUCACCAACUUCAUCCUGCUCUUCAUCAUGCUCAGCAGUGCUGCGCUGGCCGCCGAGGACCCCAUCCAGGCCGAGUCCAUGAGGAACCAGAUCCUCGGGUAUUUUGACAUUGGAUUCACCUCUGUCUUCACUGUGGAGAUUGUCCUCAAGAUGACCACCUAUGGUGCCUUCCUGCACAAAGGCUCCUUCUGCCGCAACUACUUCAACAUCCUGGACCUGCUGGUGGUGGCCGUGUCACUCAUCUCCAUGGGACUCCCGUCCAGCUCCAUCUCAGUGGUGAAGAUCCUGAGGGUGCUGAGGGUGCUCCGACCGCUGCGAGCCAUCAACAGAGCCAAAGGGCUGAAGAGGGGCUAUUACUACGUGUACAAGGAUGAGGACCCCACGCAGAUGCAGCUGUACCCCCGCGAGUGGGUGCACAACGACUUCCACUUCGACAACGUGCUGUCGGCCAUGAUGUCCCUCUUCACCGUGUCCACCUUCGAGGGGUGGCCGCAGCUGCUGUACAGGGCCAUCGACUCAAACGAGGAGGACAAGGGCCCCGUGUACAACAACCGCGUGGAGAUGGCCAUCUUCUUCAUCGUCUACAUCAUCCUCAUCGCUUUCUUCAUGAUGAACAUCUUCGUGGGCUUUGUCAUCGUCACCUUCCAGGAGCAGGGGGAGACCGAGUACAAGAACUGCGAGCUGGACAAGAACCAGCGCCAGUGUGUGCAGUACGCGCUGAAGGCCCGCCCCCUGAGGUGCUACAUCCCCAAGAACCCAUACCAGUACCAGGUAUGGUACUUGGUCACCUCUUCCUACUUUGAGUACCUGAUGUUUGCUCUCAUCAUGCUCAACACCAUCUGCCUGGGCAUGCAGCACUACAACCAGUCCGAGCAGAUGAACCACAUCUCAGACAUCCUCAACGUGGCCUUCACCAUCAUCUUCACCCUGGAGAUGGUCCUCAAGCUCAUGGCGUUCAAGGCCCGAGGCUAUUUUGGGGACCCCUGGAAUGUGUUUGACUUCCUGAUUGUCAUUGGCAGCAUCAUUGAUGUCAUCCUCAGCGAGAUCGACACUUUCCUGGCCUCCAGUGGGGGACUGUAUUGCCUGGGUGGAGGCUGCGGGACCGUUGACCCAGACGAAAGCGCCCGCAUCUCCAGCGCCUUCUUCCGCCUGUUCCGGGUCAUGAGGCUGAUCAAGCUGCUGAACCGGGCAGAGGGGGUGCGAACCCUGCUGUGGACUUUCAUCAAGUCCUUCCAGGCCCUGCCCUACGUGGCUCUGCUCAUCGCCAUGCUGUUCUUCAUCUACGCCGUCAUCGGCAUGCAGAUGUUUGGAAAGAUCGCCUUGGUGGACGGGACCCAAAUAAACCGGAACAACAACUUCCAGACCUUCCCGCAGGCUGUGCUGCUGCUCUUCAGGUGUGCGACAGGUGAGGCGUGGCAGGAGAUCCUGCUGGCCUGCAGCCCUGGCAAGCUGUGCGACCCCGCGUCGGACUACGCGCCCGGCGAGGAGUACUCGUGCGGCACCAACUUCGCCUACUACUAUUUCAUCAGCUUCUACAUGCUCUGUGCCUUCCUGAUCAUCAACCUCUUUGUGGCCGUCAUCAUGGACAACUUCGACUACCUCACGCGGGACUGGUCCAUCCUGGGCCCUCAUCACCUGGAUGAGUUCAAGGCCAUCUGGGCAGAGUACGACCCGGAGGCGAAGGGCAGAAUCAAACACUUGGACGUGGUGACCCUGCUGAGAAGGAUUCAGCCCCCUCUGGGCUUUGGGAAGUUCUGUCCGCACCGGGUGGCAUGUAAGCGACUCGUGGGCAUGAACAUGCCCCUGAACAGUGACGGAACGGUCACCUUCAAUGCCACACUCUUCGCCCUAGUCCGCACGGCCCUGAAGAUCAAGACAGAAGGUAACUUCGAGCAGGCGAAUGAGGAGCUGAGGGCCAUCAUCAAGAAGAUCUGGAAGAGAACCAGUAUGAAGCUCCUGGAUCAGGUCAUCCCUCCCAUAGGAGAUGACGAGGUGACUGUGGGGAAGUUCUACGCCACGUUCCUCAUCCAGGAACACUUCCGGAAGUUCAUGAAACGCCAGGAGGAGUAUUACGGGUAUCGGCCCAAGAAGGACGCCGUGCAGAUCCAGGCCGGACUGCGGACCAUCGAGGAGGAGGCUGCCCCUGAGAUCCGCCGGACCAUCUCAGGAGACCUGACGGCUGAAGAGGAGCUGGAGAGAGCCAUGGUGGAGGCCGCGAUGGAAGAAGGGAUAUUCCGGAGGACAGGAGGCCUGUUUGGCCAGGUGGACAGCUUCCUGGAAAGGACCAACUCCCUGGCCCCCGUCAUGGCCAACCAGAGACCCCUCCAGUUUGCCGAGAUAGAGAUGGAGGAGCUGGAGUCGCCCGUCUUCUUGGAGGACUUCCCUCAGGACCCGGGAACCAACCCCCUUGCUCGUGCCAAUACCAACAACGCCAACGCCAACGUUGCCCGUGGCAACUGCAGCCAUAGUGACAGCCCGGCGUUUUCCAGCGUCCACUAUGAAAGGGAGCCUGCUGGGGAGACAGACACCCCCGCAGCCAGAGGAGGAGCCCUGGGUCUGUCUUUUCUGGGCACCCAAGAAGGACCCCUCAGCACAUCCUGUGCGGAAAAGCGGAAAGGACAGCUGGCCCAGAGAUUGGUGCCCACAGCCCCGGCCCCUCCUGCCCCCUGCCAGCCCCCAGUGCCUGAGGUGAGGAGGCGCCCCACACCAGGGUCUCUGCCUGAGCAAACCCCCCACAGCAGUAGGACCCAGGAGGGUCCGUCCAGAUGCCCGGCUUCAGCUACGGCCCUGCUGAUCCAAGAGGCUCUGGUUCGAGGUGGCCUGGACACUUUGGCGGCGGAUGCUGGCUUUGUCAUGGCAACGGGCCAUGCCCUGGCAGACGCCUGCCGGAUGGAACCAGAGGAAGUGGAGGUGGCAGCAACUGAGCUGCUGAGAGGACGGGAAUCCCUGCAGGGCACGGCCAGUCCCCUGGGCUCCCUGAGCCUCAGGUCCUCCCUGGGCAGCCUCGACCAGCGUCAGGGCUCCCAGGAGACCCUCAUUCCCCCCAGGCCGUGAAGCCCGCACCGCCUCGGCCUGGAGCGGGAGCCAGCAUGACCGGUGCUGGGGACGGAGCUGCUGGAGCGAGAAGGUUGCCCAGCAUGGCAGCCUCCCCGUCAACAGCUAAACGGACAGUCAGGAAGCCCCCAAAAGUCAGGAGGAAGCAGGUUGGCAGGCCCGUCUCCUCGCCAGACUCAGGUGGACAUCCUAACGUCCUUCACAUCGGCCUGGUCAGUGCGUAUCUGUCUGGCAUAAGGCCACUCCCCAGACAUUAAAGCCUCCAGGCCUGUGACGUGGGCA